AUGCCUCGCGUCGAAGACAAAGAGAUCACCUUCUACGACAUCACCUCCAUAGUCGACAAAGCCAGCCAAGCAAACCUCGACACCGGUCUUGCUCGCUCGCUCGCCAUUCAGUGCUUGCAACAACUCGUGUGUGUCGCGGUGGUGAGAAACAAGGCCCUCACAAAACGCGAAGCGAUCGCCAUCGUCCAGCUACAAUGCCAACAAGACACAGAUCGCUCACCAUCGGCUGAUGCUGCAGCGGUCGAAGUAGAGAGCGACUUGAUUCAGGGGUUCAUCGAGGAUGCAAUCGCCCAUUCUGAUUUGCAAAAUGAGACGCGAGAGCAACCUCCUUUGGAAACCGACACUCGGGCGUUCAUAACGACUCGCCAACCUGCGUCGCAACCAUCUCAAGACCCCGUUGCCCACGGAAUCGACAUUGAAAAGACCACCGUCGACGGUCGCUGCGAGUAUAAGUAUAAAUUUAGCAAGUCAGUGCUUGAUCAAUACUUUCAAGGCCGGGAUCCCUACUCUGUGCCCCGAACCGCGGAGGCGCCACGACCUGUCAACGAGAUAAAGAGGGGCGACCUCAUCGGCGUGCUCUGCCAGACUGUCGAGCUGGCUGUUGAAAUCGGCAAACAUCUUCGCCCUCGAGAUAUUCUCCACCUGUACAUUGCCAGUCGCCAGUUCCGCCAGGCUAUCAACGGCUACAUGCUCUCCAGCAUCCGCAUCUGGAUCAACCACCGCUGCCCUGAGGCUGGGCUUAUCUUCCCCUUCAAAUUGUACAAGAACCAAGUCGUUCCUGAUCCCUCUGGUCGAACCUGGGAUGACCAGUAUCAAGGUCAAGCACCCGCCACACUUGCCCCCGAGAGGAUAAACACAGUUCGCACCGUUCCCGGCCUUCGAUACCUCCAGCUCGUCGUGGGUCGAGACCGAUACUGCAGAGAGAUUGUCGCCAUCAUGGCACGUAGCGGCCACCGGACGCCCAAGACAAUGUACGAGACGCUUCUACGCAUGUGGUUGCUCCUCGACGUCUCGACCACCGAGCACCGUCGCGCCAUGCUACGCAACCGCACGCUCUGGCGGGACACGGACCUCUACAACGCCCAGCUCUUCUUCAUCAAGCUCGGUCUGCACUUUAACGACCCAGUCUAUGGCCCUUGCACCUACGACCUCAUGCAUCUCAUGCUCGGCCAAAAGGGCCUCUACCCCCUCUGGCAGCUCCUCCUCCGCAAGCGAUUCACCACACUCCACGAGAUCAUCGACCUCAAGGUCCGGUACGACUACCAACCCUCCCGCCAGAACUGGGCCGCCGCCGCAACAAAUAGCAAAACCGUCCACGGCGUGCCCCUCGACGAGAUAGGCAUCUUCCACCGCGAGGGCUGGGGUCAAGGCAAACUGCACCUCUUCCGCCCAGACGAGCUCAUCCCCAUUGAAGCCGUACAGCGCGGGCUGCAGCUCAAAAAGCACAUCCGGCACAUGAUUCUCUGGGGCCAGUUCGACCGAAUCACGGGCGAGAAUCUCGUCCCCACCGAGGAGGAGAUCUACAUCUCGGACGAGGACGGGACACUGGCGCACAUGGACACCACCACGCACUGGAAGAAGAAACACGCCCUGAAGAAGCGGUGGCACAUGCUCACGCCCGAGCAGCAGGACGCGAUCAGGGAGGAGGACGAGGAUAAUCGGCUGAGGUGUCUCGCCUGGGCACAUCCCGACUCAGACGUCAACUCUGACUUGGAAGGAGAGGACUCGGACUCGUCGUCUACUUAUAGCCUCAAUGACGAGAUACGCAGGGGCUACAUCCCGCCACCGCUGACCAGGGGAGAAGGUCCACCUCCGCAGAGCGACAGCGACCAGAAGAGCUGGGCUCGGUUCGUCACUGAGACACUGAUGGGCGCCAUGCCCGAGAUUAACCCAGACCUCGCCUUGAAGUGGCAGGGCGCCGGCCCAGGGGCUGGUCACAUUGACUUGCAGUGGAUGAGAGAGGAAGGAUUUGAUGUGGAUGACUUGAUACAGAGGCAGCCUGGCGAGGCGGUUGGUGAUUAG